UCUUGCUUUUUCCAUUAUCAAGCCUAGCUAGCUCUUUUAAGGCUAAGGGAGAUUCAUCUAUCCAAAUUUCUCCUCGAUCUCCAAGGCACAAUACUCUGGGUCUGUAAUAGCUGAUGCUAAUGGAGUUCUAUCAGUAUGUCUUUGAGGCGAUGAGGAUGAUUAUUGUGAUUACUGCGGUAAUGGUGCAAUGGUUCGGCGUCAUAGCCAGUCUUAAGUGGAUAUGGAAGAAUUGGUUCAUUAUUGUGGUAAUUGUGACAUCGAACGUAAUAGUCAGUCUUGGGUGGAUAUGGACGAGUAGGUUCAGUUACAUGGUUGAAACCACAGAGCCAAUAUCAGAGGAUAAUCAAGAACUGGUUGACGUCGUUGAAACCCCAGAGCCAAUAUCAGAGGAUGAUCAAGAACCGGUUGACGUUGAUGCCUCUGCAUCUCUUCCUUCAUCAUCAGCUGAAUCAUCAGCUCCUAGGUGGAAGCAUGAUGUGUUUCUGAGCUUCAGGGGUGCAGACACUCGUAAGGGUAUUACAUCCUUUUUAUACGAUCGACUGCAAAACAGAGGAAUCAAAACAUUCAUGGAUAACCAAGACCUUGAAGCAGGGGAUGUUAUUUCUCCCACUCUCCUAACGGCAAUUAAAGAAUCAAGGUUUGCAAUUAUUGUUCUCUCACAAAACUAUGCCUCUUCCACUUGGUGUUUGGAGGAACUUAGAAACAUUUGUGAAUGCAUGAAAGGAGACAACAAUAGAAUUCUACCACUUUUUUAUAAUGUGGAUCCUAGUGAUGUACGAAAUCAGAAGAGCAGUUUCGGAGAUGCCUUCACUAAGCAUAAAAAAUCUGAGAAACACAGAUCAGAAAAGGUGCAGCAGUGGAGGGAUGCUUUAGAAAACGUGGCAAAUUUCACUGGGUGGCAUACACUGAAUUAUAAAACUGACAUAGAACUUUUGAAUGCCAUUGAGGAAUCUGUGUGCAAUAAAUUACGACCUACUGAACAUGAGUUUAAAAUGUCCAUCAGAGGUUUUGAAGAAUUUGCAGCAACAAAACAAGCCAUUGAUAAGGUCAUGAAUGCGCUAAAAGAUGAUGAGGCCACUACCAUUGGAGUCUACGGAAUGGGGGGCGUUGGAAAGACAACAAUGGUGAAAUAUGUUGGAGCACAAGCCCAAAAAAGUAGGCUUUUUAAUCAAGUGAUUAUGGCUGUCGUAUCCCAAAACCCCGACUUGAUGAAAAUUCAAGAGACAUUUGCAGAACAACUGGUGGACUUUAAAUUGGAGGAGAAGACAGAAAUUGGAAGAGCCAUUAAAUUAAAGGAGGAGAUAAUGAGAGGAACUGGGAUCCUCAUAAUCUUAGAUGACAUUUGGAAGAGAAUAGACUUUUCAGACAUUGGAAUUCCGAGCCACAACGAACUUCAAAAAUGCAAUUCCAAAGUCCUACUGACCACCAGAAGAUCGAGAGUUUGUGAGAUCAUGGAGAGCCAAGAAAAAAUUCAUCUCAAUAUCUUAUCAAAAGUAGAUUCUUGGAGGUUAUUUGUGAAGGAAGCAAGGAAGUCUAUUGACAAAUCAUCCAAUUUCUAUGUUGUAGCGAGUGACGUGGCAAGAGAAUGCGCCGGUCUACCAAUUGCUUUGAUAGCAGUUGCGAGGGCCCUUCGAGAUGCAGGUUUGGACAGAUGGAAAGAAGCUGCUCGACGACUAAAAGCGUCUCAACCUCCCAUCCCUGAAGAUGAGAGAGAUGUGUUCAAAUGCAUAAAGUUAAGCUAUGAUUACUUGAAAUCUGAUGAUUCGAAAUCAUGCUUCUUGCUUUGCUGCUUGUUCCCAGAAGAUUAUAAUAUCCCAAUUGAAUACUUGGUCAAGUAUGGAAUUGGGAAAGGAAUGUUUCAAGAUUCCACCAUGCUAGAAGCCCGAGACACAAUAAAUUUAGUGGUGAAGGACCUUAAAGAUUCUAGCUUGCUUUUAGACGGUAGAGAUGACAGAUGUGUAAGGAUGCAUGAUGUUAUUCGGGAUAUGGGAAUAUUUAUUUCAUCAUCUGAAGACGGCAAGCGGUUCUUGGUGACAGUUGGCUGUGAAUUGAAGAAUUGGCCAAAUAUUGAUGCGUGUAAAGGCUACUCUGCAAUCUCACUAAUGAAGAACAAAAUUUGCAAGCUACCCGAAGAGUUGGUAUGUCCAAAUCUCCAGAUUUUAUUACUGCAAGACAAUGCUUCAUUAAAUGAUAUCCCUAAGUCUUUCUUCCAAAGUCAGAAAGAAUUAAGAGUCUUGGAUCUUAGCCGCACUGGUAUUUCACUACUAUCUCAAUCAAUCAGUUUCCUAACCAACCUUCAAGCUUUGUUUUUAGAUUAUUGCCAGAACAUAAUUGACAUUUCUGUAAUCAUAAAACUUAACAAGCUUGAGAUUCUUAGUAUGAGAGGAAUUGCUCUGAGAGAAUUGCCAAGAGAAAUAGGACAGUUGACCAAUCUAAGGAUGCUGGAUGUCAGUGCUGCACAUAUUCGCACAAUUCCAUCCAAAGUGAUAUCAAAUUUGCAUAAAUUAGAAGAACUGUACAUGCAAUGCGGAUUUUGGGACUGGGGGAGUAAAAUUGAUGGAGAAGGAGAAGAAACUAAUAUUGGCUUAGAUGAAUUAGCUGGUUUAUCAUGUUUAAGCAUUUUGAAAGUUUGCAUAUCAGAUGCAAAUUGCAUCCCUGAAAGUGUUGUGGUCGAAGCGAAUUGGGUUUACUUCAAUAUUACUAUUUGCAGCAGCCAUAGAAAGAGAACCACUACGAACUUUCAACCUGGUCAGAAUUGUAGAUCCUUGACUCUUUAUAGAACUGACACAACCAUAGGAAGCUUUCCGGACUGGUUUGUCAACGCUGUGAUAAAGAAUACUGAGAGGCUACGUUAUGAAAAAUGCAGAGGGUUAAGUAACAUUCUUGUGGAAUAUGACCAUGGGAGGUUACAUGGACUGAAAGUUCUCUCUGUAAUUUGUCGUUGUAAGAACUUGAAAGAAUUGAUGAAUGCAAUAACAUGUGUUCCAAAUAUGCCCGUGUUUGGGAACUUGGAAGAGUUGUAUCUGGAAUACCUGGAUGACUUGAAGCAGUUAUGUGUUGGUGAGUUACCACCUGGAUCUCUAUGCAGUCUGAAAUUAUUGAAGGUCCAUCAGUGUCGUAACUUGGAGAAAGUACUGUUGCCAUCAAAUUUGUUGCAGAAACUGUCAAAUUUGGACAAACUAAUCUGUAGGAGAAGUAAAGUGGAACAUGUGUUUGGAUGUGAAGGAUUUGAGCCGGAUCAAAUAAAUCUGAGAGAGAUGGAGUUAUGUGAUCUACAUGUAGUAAGAAGCAUAUGUAAUGGUCCUGCUCCACGUGGAAUGUUCCAGACUCUAAAGGAAUUGAUCAUUUAUGUUUGCAACUUCAUGGGAAGCCUCUUCACAUUUGAUGUAGCUCAGUGUCUUUUUCAAUUGGAAACCCUUAUUGUAUCCCAAUGCCCUGUCUUGGAAAGAGUAAUCGAAGCAAGGAGGGACACAUUGAACAACAAGAAGACCGUUCUUCCAAAAUUGAAGAACUUAUAUAUGGAAGAUCUUCCAGUGUUGUACAAGGGAAGUGCUAGUAUUGAUUUUGAGUGUCCUUCAUUGGAAAACUUGCGUCUGAUUGGCUGCCCCCACUUGUCAUUUCCAUCCUCUGCUUCUAACUACUUCCACAGCAGGAAAGAAGUCUUUUUGAAAUAUAAGAAUCCGAAGUUAAGGGCUUUACGUGGAGCCAGACUUAGGAAAAGAAUUAGGGUGUUGAAGAACAGAGCUUCGGAAAAAUCUUCCCAUGUUGUAUAGGGGAAGUGCCAAACAAACCCUGUUUCUUCUUCACUGCCAACGCGCCAUCACCGACGGCUGCCGAUCAUGUCUACUUCCUCCCGUCCCCCAUCUGAAUUUUGUUCUAGAUUCCCGGGCUGGUAAAUGUUGACUUUGCUGAUUUAAUGGCUACAAUGGUGAAUGCGGGUUCUUCAUUGAUGGGGAUAGGAACUGCAACUGGUAAUUUUUGGUCUACGAACUAGAAUGUUUACAGUGCUAAUAUGAUUCAGAGUCAGAGGCUUCACUUAUGAUUUUGGACAUGAUUGUGGUGGAACCUAAUUACCAUAGUGCCUUCCAUGAUGGCAUCACGCUGGGUAACCUUAUGAAAAUUUGUUACGAAUGACAUCAAGAACUUCUCAGUUUAUUGGGUUAGUGUGUGAGGAGGAAGGUCAUGAUAUAAUCCCAGGUGUGUUAGAAUUUAGAUAUAUAGGUAUUUGUUCCCCAAUAAGGUACACGAUAAGCUUAGAGAAAUGUUUAUUUGAUUUGGAUGUUACGAAAGAUGGGAAGUGCCCUUUGCUGAUAAUUUUUUUUUACUGAGAAUGAUUUCUUAGAAUUGGAGAUGGUCUGAAUACGUAGUUUUAGUUGCAUUCUCCAUGUCCUGUGAUUUGGAGUGUGCAUGGCAGUAAGUUUGAUACUAAAAUGACUUUGUUAUCAACAUAGAGAAUUCAAAUUCUUUGGUGGUAGCCAAUCCCAUCUUCUAGAUGCAUGUUCCUCUUAUGCUUGUUAGUUCUGACUCUUGUUCAAUGCAGAAUUUUACAUCUUCUUUGUUUUGGAAAAAUUUUAAAAUGACUGGAGUUCUAUGUGAGUUAGGUAUCAGCUGUGGGAUUUGCACAAAAUAUUCAAUGAAACCUUUUUCUACAAUUGGUCUUUGUGUUUUGUGCUUGCUGCGGUUAGUGAAGGAACCAAUGAAGCUAGCACUUACUCAUGCCAUUUUGUUCCUCCGUAGAGGGUCUUAGGCUUUUCAGUUGCAGACCUUGAUUCACUGUCUAUCAUUUUUAAAAUAUUGGUUUUCGCAUUGCUAAUUAUUCUUGUUAUGACAUUCGUCUCCCUGAUAUGUUUCUGUUGGGGAAUCAAAAUAUUAUAUUGGCUUAUGUAAUUGAAAGUAUUGAAAGGGUGUAGAUGGCGUCUCAUGGCAAGUCACUGAAGGAAUAUGCAGCAUACAUAAUUUUGAUGCAAAAAUUUGGUUUAUUUGUUACUUUAAGUAGUGAAACUGAUGAUACCUUCAUUAAUUUGACCAAAAGAGCUCUAUUGUUCCUUCUGACAAUACAUGGUAAAGCUUUUGAAUUUAAUAGCUUAAUUUGAGCUUGUUGAGCUAUUUAAAAGGUUGGUUGAACUUGGGCUAUUUCAAAUGCUAUUCUGUUCAGAGUCAUUGCUGGGAAGGUGGAGUCUAGGUGGUGCUCUCAGUGGAGGGUUACCCCCGCUCCCAAUGAGUUCGAUUCAUUGGCUCAUAAUAAGGAAUGCUAUAACAUGUUCAGUGCUUUGUUGGUGUCCUGGUGGCUCUAUCAGAAGGGAAUGGAUUCUUUCUUGAAAGUGACUCUGAUCUGGGAGCAUUCCCCCCAAAAGAAUGGAAUGAGCCAUCUCAAAUUGAAAGGCAUUCUUACAACUAAAUCUAAAUCUGGGUUACCAUGGGUUAGCAUCAAUUGUACCCUAAUUGCUUUUGCUUCUGUGAACAUCACCACUUGUGCUCUAUAUAUUCUGCACUACAAAAUGGUUGAAAUGAAACUUCAAGCUCAACAAAAGGAAAGUAUUAUGUUAUGUUGGUGAACUGGCGCAGAGCCAGAACAGGAGGAGGUGUCCAAGCUGCAUGUUCCAUGUCAAAAAGUUGGUUGGUUGCUUCUGCAUGAAGUGGAGGCGGGGGAUAUACAUUCUGUUACAAUUGUGGAGUACAAGUUGUCACUCAUACAGCUACCUGUGGAAGCUGUCAUAAGUAAUGCUAUUUAAUUGGCUUGCUUUUUGUUAAUUGCAAGAUUGCAAAUCUUUUACGAGUUGAUGCACAGAAUCACAGAUAGUCAGCUGAAGUAUGAAAUAUAUUACGAAUACAAUCCGGGAAGUAAAGAAACCCGCAGAAUCGCGCGGGCUUAUGCACUGGUCCCAGACUAGAUAGUCGUCACAUUUGCUUUCGUGUUGUUCUCCACUCGUAAAAGAGACUGCUGGUCCCAUCUACUCUCACUUUGUUCUCCACCCAGAACUCUGUUCACUCGUAAUCCAUGGUUAUUGCCUCUAUGAAUUUCCUCAUUGAAGUUGGCGUCAAUAUAUAAUUCAAGCCACCAUUAUCAAGAGUGUGGAAGUUCCAGAUUCAGUAGAUUGAUUGAAGCUUGAAUGAGAUGAGUUUUAUGGUGUUAUUUUUAGGGUGGCUGGCUAAUUCCGGAUUAAAUUCUUGUAUGAAAUCUGGAAAUAUCAGGACAUUCUUAUUGCUUGUGUCA